AUGGUUCUCCUCCUAGGAGCAUGCCCAGAAUAUGGAUGUCUAGUGUAUGAAUACAUGGCAAAUGGAAGCUUGGACGAUUGCCUAUUUCGACAAGGAAACGCUCCCUCGCUUCCUUGGCAGCUAAGGUUCAGGAUAGCAGCUGAAAUAGGCACAGGCUUACUGUUCCUGCACCAGACAAAACCAGAACCACUGGUGCACAGGGACUUGAAACCAGCAAAUAUCUUGCUUGACAGAAACUUUGUGGCGAAAAUCAGUGAUGUAGGUUUGGCCAGGCUAGUUCCACCAUCUGUGGCAGACACAGUCACGCAAUAUCACAUGACAGCCACAGCAGGAACCUUCUGCUACAUAGAUCCUGAGUACCAGCAGACAGGGAUGUUGGGCGUGAAAUCAGACAUAUACUCCCUUGGGAUCAUCUUUUUGCAAAUUUUGACAGCAAAAUCACCAAUGGGUUUGACCCAUCAUGUUGGAAGGGCCAUUGAGAAGGGAACUUUAGAUGAGAUGUUGGAUCCAUCAGUGCCUGAUUGGCCACAAGAGGAUGCCUUGAAAUUUGCUAAGAUGGCAGUGCAGUGUGCUGAAUUAAGGCGCAAAGACAGACCUGAUCUGGGCAAAGUUAUCCUACCAGAACUCAACAGACUUAGAGACCUUGCUGAAGAUAAUAAUCUUAUUUCAGCUUUGGGUAACCUCCCUCCAAAUAUGCCCCGUGACAAACAAGUUUCUGUAGUACUGGAUGGAGUGUGUCCUCCAUUUCCUCACUCGGUUUCGGGGGAAAGUAGAGAAAACAAUUCAGUGGCUUUCUGA